UAGUAACUAGAUUCCACCUAUACUAUAUAUGUGGAUGUGGUCCCAUACGCGUAAAUGGUGAUAGAAUCGUAGAAAUUGAGGCGAACAAGCAGAUCUCACUGCUACUAUGCAAGAGUUGACUCCAAAGUCUUUCGUCCUAUUGUCCUAUGCAUACAACAUGUAAACAGGACUAAACCAUCUAUUGCAAUGGCAUCCCUAUGCAUACAACUCAUCUUCUUCUUGUUUCUCUUCCCAAUAUCUGCUUUAUCUCAAAAAAAUGGUAUUGUGCGUGUGCCUUUGGGCAGUACUUUGACUGCAGGUGAAACAUCUGCUAGUCCUUGGCUUUCACCUUCUGGCGAUUUUGCAUUCGGGUUCCAGGAAGUACAGCAUAAGGAUCUGUUCUUGCUUUCCAUAUGGUAUCACAAGAUACCAGACAAGACUGUAGUUUGGUUUGUUAAUUCAACAAAUCCAGUGCCACGAGGAUCGACUGUAAAGCUUGAUCCUCAAACAGGGCUUGUGCACUGUGACCCUCGAGGCUUACAACUUUGGAGUGCUAAUGUUGAUUCUGCUCAAAUUGAUCAUGGUUUUAUGAAUGAUACCGGCAAUUUUGUCCUCAAGGGGAAUGAUGAUAGCUGGCUCUGGGAAAGCUUCAAACAUCCUGCUGAUACGAUACUCCCAAAUCAAGAAUUGAAAAUUGGUGAUUCUCUUUCUUCUCGAAAGUCAGCAACAAGCUUCUCUAGAGGAAGAUUUUAUCUCCGUUUUCGCGAUGACGGGAAUCUAGUGCUUGUUACGGAUGACGAUGCUGAGUACUACAAUAGUAAGACUUCUGAUUCUAGAGAUCCACUGUAUUCUGGUAGCCAAGUUACUUUUGAUGGCAGAGGUGCCAUGUACAUAAGGAAAAAGGACAAUCAAACAGAGCAGCUGAAUCUAGUUUCAAUACCACGGUUACCACCAGCAUCAGAAAACUAUCAUCGGGCAACAAUAGAUUUUGAUGGGGUCUUCACACAUUAUUAUCAUCCCAGGACUUCUACUGGAAAUCCGAACUGGAAGGUUCUUUGGUAUUUGCCGCCGAAUAUAUGUAUCAGCCUUCGAGCAAACAGGGGCAGUGGAGCUUGUGGAUUUAACAACAUUUGCAACCUCAAAAAUGGAAGACCAGUUUGUGAGUGUCCAAAAAGGUAUGUAUUGCUUGAUCCAGAUGACACGUACGGCAGCUGCAUACCAAACUCAACUCUUAGUUGUGCUGAAGUAGAUGGGCGCUCUGCAGAAAACCUUUAUGAUUUUGAGGUUGUCUAUAACAUAGAUUGGCCACUGUCUGAGUUUGCGAAAAUACAUCCUUCAAAUGAAAGAGUCUGUGUGCAAAAUUGCUUGCGUGAUUGUUUCUGCGCUGUUGCCAUUUACAAAGAAAACAAUUGCUGGAAGCAUGGGCCGCCACUAUAUAAUGGGAAGGCAGAUAAGACUAUUCACACCAAAGCUUUCAUCAAAUACCGCAAGAGUGAUGGAUCAAAGCCGAAGGACCGAGGCACCUUUAUACGUGUGGAACCUGUCCUUCUUGGCACCUCUUUCUUAGUAAACUUGAUAUUCAUUACGACUGCUUGUUUGGGCUUUUACCUCAUGUACCGGAAAAAGAGGGUAAUAUCAUUUGAAUACUGAUGUUGGGGGAUAUAAAUUAGCAUAUUUUUCCAUACAAAGAGCUUGCAGAAGCUACCAAUCGAUUUAAGGAAGAGUUGGAUAGGGGAUCAUUUGGCCUUGUGUGUAUAAAAGAUGAGUUACAAAAUUAGUUCCGAAAGUAGCAUUGUUGAAGUCAAGAAGUUAGAAUGGCUUAAGAUGCUGAGAAGGAAUUUCGUGCUGAAGUGAAGUGAUAACAAUGGGUCAGGCUAACCACGAAAAUUCGGUCCCAUCGCUUGGAUUCUGUGAUGAAGGACAACAUCGGCUAUUGGUGUACGAGCAUAUGAGCCAUGGCACUCUUGCAAGAUUGCUAUUGUGAAAUCCCGAAUCUUUUGAUGAAUCAGAACCACAACCAAGGCUCUGCACAUCCUUGGACCAUACACUUGAAGAAUCUUUGUUAAUUUAGAUACGAAUAGUGGAGCCAUUGAAUCAAGAGAUUUCAUUGGGAAAUUGGGCUUUUGAAACGAAUAGAAAAAUCGAUGAAAGGGUGAAAGUCGCAGGCUGCAACUCGGUGCCGUGUGGCACGUCUGGAUGGCAUCCUACUGGCUACCAGCGUGGCUCCUGUGGGAGCAGCUCAGGAUGAUUGAGUGUGGUGGUGGAGGCCCAGAAGCGGCGGUGUGAUGAGGGACUGAGCCCAAAGGCAGAAGACGGCUGAUGUCUUGGUUUUAAUCUUCAAGGUUGUGGUAAAAGUUUUAGAGUUGGACUAGUUUUCUAACUAAAUGGCCCUUUUGCUUAAAUUAAACGCGAAUUGUUGUACAUUUGACCAAUUGAAGAGGUAUAAAGCCUAAUUAAACACAAUAAUAUGAAGA